CAAACCGGAAGUCGGGACCAGACAGACGGGUUGAUCAGGCAAAUACAGAAUAUUUACUCCAGUGCCAACAACCUGUUGUGUUCUCUACAGUUGUGUCCUGCAAACGGGCCGCAAGAACCGUCCUCCAGUUCGCUAGAAUUCUGGAGUAUCUAUGGCGUCAGACUCAUCCAGUGACUAUGACUAUCUCAUCAAGUUCUUAGCAUUAGGAGAUUCAGGUGUCGGUAAGACCAGUUUCCUGUACCAGUACACAGAUGGCACCUUUAACCCUAAAUUCAUCACAACUGUGGGUAUCGACUUCAGGGAAAAGAGAGUGGUUUACCGUCCUAGUGGAGCAGACAAUGUCGGCAGAGGACAACGAGUUCACCUUCAACUUUGGGACACCGCUGGACAAGAAAGGUUCCGUAGCUUGACGACGGCGUUCUUCCGCGAUGCCAUGGGCUUCCUGCUUCUGUUUGACCUGACGAGCGAGCAGUCUUUCGUGAACAUCCGCAACUGGAUGAGCCAGCUGCAGAUGCACGCGUACUGCGAGAACCCCGACGUCGUGCUGUGUGGGAACAAGGCCGACCUGGAGGACCAGAGGGUGAUAUCUGAGGAGAAGGCACGGGAAGUCGCAGAGAAGUAUGGAAUGCCAUACUUUGAGACCAGUGCUGCCACAGGUUUGAACAUCUCCAAAGCUGUAGAGGGUCUGCUGGACUUGGUGAUGGUGCGUAUGGAGCAGUGCGUGGACAAGUCUAGUCUCCCCAUCACAGGCCACAAGAGAUUAGAGGGAUCCACCGUGGAGGUGGACGAGGCAGGGGAAGAGUCCAAAUGUUUUUGCUGAGAUAUCCUAGUUUCUCUCGUUUUUUUUCUUCCAGAAAAGAGAACAUAUCAAUAUCAAUGGGUGCCCAUGGUAAUAGCAUUCCAAGUAAAAUUUUAGAUAAUAAAUGUAGUCCCUAUAAAACGAAUAACUUGAGGUUGCUGUGUCUAAGUGUGUAUAAGAAGGUUCUUUAUUCGACAACCAGUAGUGGGUUUUUACAUCUGACGUUUCGGUGACUGUCUGUCACCUUCUUCAGGGCAACAAUGACUGGUUGUGAUUGGUACUGCAGCUAGGUGUCACUGCUGCAAUGCUACAAAUGUGGUCCCAAAUGUAGAGUGUUGUCACAUAAUAUAUACAUAUUGUCAAGUAAUAGUAAACAAUGAAUUGUUGAAUAAAGAACCAUUUUAUACAGUCUUUUGCCAACCUGAUGAAAAUAUUUACGGAUGCGUCCAAGUGUUUUUAUUCCUCGUGCCCUGUACUAGUGGUUACAACUGUAACAGUUACAGUAUUUAUGAUAUCAAUGGUUUGAACAGUAUUAAUAUCAUAUCAAUAGAAAUCCAAUGGCCAAAGGUUUUAGAGUCAUGAAAAUAUGACAUUUCAACGUUGUGGGUUAGCUAAGUUAAACAUAAACAGCUCUUUUUUGUUCAAAAUUUGAUGUAGAUAGUGCUUAGACAAUGCUAUGGUACUGGUAUGAAAAUAUGCACUCUUUUGCACAGGGUCAAUGCACUGUAUAUUCGACUAACGCCACCUUAAAAUUUGCAUAAAGAGCGAUCUAGUUAGGCCUGUUCACAUUUCUUGUACCAUCAUCUUAAAUCUUAAGAAUGUCUUACAAGAUAGUGACAGAAAAUUUUGCUUAGUAACAUCCUUGCUGACAGUUAUAGCCUUAUACAUGUAGCCUUGCUGAAAUUUCCUUUUUUUUUACAAGAAAAAAAUUGUAUGACGAGUGAAACUAGGCCUAAUCAUUGUUGGAUAUCAUGAGAUAAACAUACAUGUACAGUGGCACUGGACAUUCCAGCAACUGAAAAAUAUGAGUGAAUGUUGUACAAGAAUGGUCAGGAUUAAUCUAUAUAGUGGCACAUAUCCAACCACAUCUUUGUAAAAUUUCAAGAUGGAAGUAUGGGACUUGGAUCUAUGGAGUCACAUUUUGAAGAGGACAAGUUGAAAGAUAUCAGGCUCAGUCAUAAUACUUGUAGCAGACAAAGAGAUAUUCUAACUUGUGUUAACCUUCUCCCUGCUCAAUGGCCUUUUAGCACCAAAUUUGUAUUGGUUGCAGGAUUAGGCAGCAGGGAGAUGGUUAAAAAGUAUAUUGGACUACUGUAUUACGCUUUGGGACCUUUGUGUUUGACAUAAGAUCAAAAUUACAUAGGCAACAAAUAAGUUUUUCCAGUUUGCUGUCCCAUAUACAUUUAUCCAGUUGAAUAUUUCUCUUUUUUCAUAGAUAUGAUCAGUAUGAUAUCCUUUUGUGCUGUACAUAGUCAUAGAAUUCUUCCAAAAUUCCAAAAAUAAAAGGCUAUAGAAAUAUAAUUGUCAGAUGAAAUGUAUACUCCAAUAUAUGAAUUCUCAGAGUGGAAUAGAAUGUUAUACAGUCAAAUAUUCAGAUAUACAUGUAGAGAUGGGAUUUUGAGACCAAUGUUGGUGUGUUAUAAACAUGUAUUCAUACCUGUAUUACAUAUUGGCAAUGGAGAUUAUCUAUAUAGGCUGAUGGAAUUUUAGAAAGAUGGUCUUAUGAAUUUGCAGAGUGAAAGGGAGACAUUUUGGAAUUUUGAAAUGAUUGGAAAUUUCAUAUCUAUUAUGAAGGAUGUUACACAUGUGUCUGGCCCGACACCACCCCUAUUUUCAGUAGAAUAGAACGGUCCAAUAGAUAAUGCUUGCACUCUUAGGCCACACCAAGUUAAUUUGUUGGUUCUCGAUUU